AUGGCCAGAAAUGACUCGGAUUUCCUGAGUGUGACGGGCCUGCUGAGCGGCAGCGUGAAGCGGUUCUCCGGCAUGGCGCGCUCCGGGAGGGACAACCGCAGGCUGCUCUGCUCUGUGUCAGCUGGGCUGAUCGUCGUUUUCUUCAUCCUCUACUACCUUGUGGAUGACACCUUGGACCCCAAAGAGCUCACGGAGUGUGUGGAGAUGCUGUUGCAGCUGGAAGAGCCACCUGAGGAGCUGUGUGAGGAGUUCCUGAGCCAGGCGGGCGCCCGCCUGGAGGCCGAGCUGGCGGCGCUGGAGGCGGAGCUGCCCGAGCCCGACCCCUCAGGCGGGGAGUUCUGCGUGGCGGCGGUGCGCGAGGGGCUGGUGGUGGCCUUCGUGCGCUGGCUGUGCCGCACCGCCCGCGGCUUCGCUGACGGCCCCGCAGAGCGGGGGGCUCCCGCGGCCCCCCCAGCCCUGCUGCUGCUCCUCGCCCGCUUCUGCCUGGACUAUGAGGCCACCACCAUCAGCUACAUCCUCACUCUCACUGACGAGCAGUUUCCCCCGCAGGACACGGACGCGGGGGUGACGCCAGGCCCGGCGCUGUGCGCGGAGGCGCGGGGCGCGGCGCAGCGGCUGCUGGAUCACUACGUGCAGGCGCAGGGCGGGGGCGUGGGCCCGGAGCCGCCGCCCUCGGAGGGGGUGACAGGCGUGGUGCCGCAGGUGGGGCAGCUCUUCGAGGAGGGCGUGCGGCGGGCGCAGAGCAGCGACUCCAGCCGACGCGCCUUCUCCGUCUACAGCAGCUCCCGGGCCCCCGGCCGCUACGCCCCCAGCUACACCCCCAGUGCCCCCAUGGACACCCACCUGCUCAGCAACAUCCAGAAGCUCUUCUCCGAACGCAUUGACAUCUUCAGCCCUGUCGAGUUCAACAAGGUGUCGGUUCUGACGGGGAUCAUCAAGAUCAGCCUGAAGACGCUGCUGGAGUGCGUGCGGCUGCGCACGCUGGGGCGCUUCGGGCUGCAGCAGGUGCAGGUGGACGGGCACUACCUGCAGCUCUACCUCUGGCGCUUCGCCGCCGACGAGCGGGUGGUGCAGGGGCUGCUGGACGAGGUGGCCGCCAGCGCCGUGCACCGCUGCCUCGACCCCGUCCCCAUGGAGCACAGCGUCGUCGAGCUCAUCUGCGAGCGCGGGUAG